AUGGUUUCUGGUGGACGGUCGAUGACGCGAGGUCAUUAUUUUUUCGAUCACAGAACAGACACCGUGCCGGAAAGAGAUAUCAACGAAAACCAAAUUUUUUUUAUUGUGGACGAAGCACUUAUGGUAAGUGUAUAUGCGUUAAUGGUUGUUAAACGAUUAUCAAAAUAUGUAAUGGAAAACGGUUUUUUCUCUGUUGGAAAAGUUAUUGUCUUGGGAUUGGGAGGAGAUUUUAGACAAGUUUUACCUGUUGUCCCACAUGGCUCUAGACUGCUUACUAUUCAAAGCAGACAAGAAAAAACGUUUUUAAGUUUAAACACAGUGUCAAAAGAAUGUUAUAAUUUUCUGUUUCCUACAGAAUUUUUAGAUAAUUUACAUUUAAGUGAUUUACCUCCGCACAGUAUGAUAUUAAAGCAAGCUAUGGUAGUACUAUUGAAGUUUAAUGUAGAUUCCAAUCUAAUGAAUGGUACAAGAUUUACUGUACGAAAUAUGUACGACCAAUCUUUAGACUUAGAAUCUAUAACUGGUCAAACAACUGACCAGUGUAUUUUAUUGCCUAAAAUUGAUUUGACCCCAUCAGAUUCUACUCUUCCCUUUUCAUUUACUAGACGUCAAUUUCCGAUAAGAAUAGCUUUUGCUAUGACAAUCAACAAAGUAAAGGGUCAAACAUUUAAUAAAGUAUGA